CACAUGCCUGGUCCUUGUCGCAAGCGCCUCUUGUGAAAAAAAGAAAAAAUGGCAUCACUAUAUUCACGGGUUACAAAAUAAAAUAUUAAAAAAAGUCAUUGCAUCCAUAAAAGAAGCUCUUGUGCGACAGUACAGCUCAUAGCUAAUCAUGAAGCUCUACUCUGUUAGCAUCCUUGCAGCCAUUCUCGUCACAGCGGCAGGUGAUAAUGAAGGAAGACUCACAUCCAGAAGCAUUACAGUCAUUGGCAGCGUGUUCUGCGACUCCUGCUUGCAGAAAACCUUCUCUAAGCACAGCUACUUCUUACAAGGUGUGGAUGUCCAUAUAGAAUGCAGUAUAAAAGUGGGAUUACAAUCAACGAAGAGUUUAGCAUACUCUGUGACGACAAAAACAAACAGGUAUGGUGCUUACAGAUUCAAGCUCCCCUUUGUGGACGGGUAUGACUGCAGAAAUGGCUAUCGGAAGGAAUCCUUUUGUAAGGCCACCCUCGGAAAGAGUCCUCCUGCUGCCUGCAGUGUUCAAGGUAUUAACACAACAAGAGAGAUGUACAUCAGGUCCAGGCAAGGCAAUUCUUGCAUCCUUUGCGUGAAACCUUUGAAUUACAGACCGCCCACGGUUGACCUCUCCAUCUGUGGAAAUGAAAGGCUGGAGUCUGUAAACAAUUCGAAGUUCCUGUGGCCGAAUCCAUGGUUCCCACCGUUUACUUUCCCUUUCCCACCUCUACCACCAAUGCCUCAACUGCCUCCUUUUCCCUUCCUCCCUCCUUUUCCUCCUUUUCCACCUCUGCCUUUUACAAGGCCCCCAACUUUGCCAUUCCCAUUCCCCUUUUCGCCGCCGACACCCUCAUGGCCACAUCUUCCUCCGAUUCCAUCACUAUUUCCACCACCUCCACCUCCUCCUUUCUCGUUAGGCGAGCCACCAUCUUGGUUCCCUUUUUGGCGUCCUCCAUCCCCACCUCCUCUCCAGGUUCAACAUCAGCCAUAGGGAGAGUUCCUGUGUGUGCGUGUGCUUAAGACAAGCAUCGUUUUUCUAGCAUUUGGUACAACACUCGGAGUCUACUUAAUAACAGUGAAAUUAGUUGCUAUUUCCGGGCAAGCUUAUGAUGAUAAAGAAUUCUGGCAAAGGCAACAACGAUGUAAAUUCUUACCAGCCAACAUGUAAAUGAAUAUUUUCAUAUUUA